GGCGAUUCCAUCUCGACACACGACCCAACCUUCAUCCCGAUCGCCAACGGUCCUUCGCAAACGAGCAUAAUCGCACGCGCGCGAAAAACAAAGUACUUUCGUUCUCCGAUCGAUCGCGCCCGAUUCGAAGUUCGUGCGAACCGGUGAGAGCCGAUCCGCGAGGCCAGGAGAAGAAAGAGCAAGCCGAACAGGAGAAAUCCGUGCCCGACUCGACUGGCAACAGUUUCACGCUUACGGAGGAGAGAAAAAGACAUAUCACGAUGCUAAAGUUUGCUGUGGUAAUGGUAUGCCUCUUGGGGCUGAAGAUGAUCGCUGCCAUGCCAGUGGCGGAUCACCACGAGGGUCACGAGCAACAACCGCAGGCAGUUGCACCCCUCGUCGAGAAGCCCGCGGUGGAGUCCCUGAAGGCGGCGGAGACGGCACCGCAGAGCAGCGCGGCCGCGGAGCCUGCGGCGGUGGCCGGUCAACCGGUACAAUCGGCGGCCGAGCAAGGUGCCGCCCCGAUUGACGAGCCCGCGGUGAGGCGCAGCGACUCCAGCGAGGAGGUCCAGCCGGUCGAGGCGAAGAAGGACGAGCCGCUGCAGCCGGAGCAGUCGAAGACGGUGUCCGAGGAAGUUCAGGCGCAGUCCAAGUCCUCCGAGGAGCAACUCGAGGAGAAGGAGGAGCCGAAGGUGUUGGCCACCGCCGAGGCCGAAAAGAAGCAGGAACAGCAGGAGACCCUGAAGGAAGCGGCGUCCGACACGAAGGAGGCUGUGCAGCCUGUGCCGCAGCAGCAACCGGUUGAAGUUCCGGUCGAGAAGAAAGAGGAACCCGUAGCCGUCGAAAGUAAGAGCGCGGAGGCGGCCGAACCCGCGGCCGACAAGCCCGUUGCGGUUGAGAAGCGCGCGGACGACGUCGCUGAGAAAAUCGCUAAGAAGGAACCGGAGGAGAAGAAGCUGGAGGAGCCGGUAGCGCAGCCAGCCCCAAAGAAGGAAGAGCCCGCGGAGAUUCCCACGGUCGCCGCCACCGAGGAGAAGAAAGUCGAAGCGCCGGCCGAACAGCCGAAAGAGUCUGAGGGCCUUAUCCAUUCGCUCGCCCAUGCCAAGAUCGAGGACAAGCGCGUGACCCGCGACGCCGAGGAAUCCGCCGCGCCAGCAGCUGCCGCCGCCGCCGCCGACGCAGCUGCAGCCCCCGUCGCUCAGGAACCGGCUGUCCAGGUGCAGGAAAAAUCCGUGCCCGUCGCCGAGGCCGAGCAGCCCGUACAGCAAGCCGCCGCGCCGGUAGAGGAACCAAAACCCGCCGAGAAGAGCGAGAAGGUCGAGAAAAGCGAACAGCUGGAGGCGGCACCCGCCGAGCAGCCGGCCGUCAAAGUCGAGGAGCCGGUCAAAAGCGAGGAGAAGGUAAUCGAAGUAGCCGAAAAGGAGGCUGAGAAGGAACCGAAGAGCGCCGAAUCUCCAGUCCAGCAGGUGGAAGUGGCCAAGGAGCAGCAACCCGUGCAAUCUCAAGAGUCCAGCCAGAUUAAGCGAGACGCGGCGGAGGCGGGCUUGGCCGAGCUGCCUCAGGCCAAGUCGGAGCUUCCGGCUGCCGAGGAGCCGGUUCAACAGCAGCCACAACAACAGCAACAGCAACAGCAGCAAGAAGCCGCCAAAGAGGUGAAGGAACGCUCCAACGACUCCUCCGAGGAGAAGUCCGCCGAGGACAGCAAGGAAAUCAAGAGUAGCGAGGAGGACAAGUCCUCCGAGGAGCAGAAGGACGCCAAGCCCAAGCUGGGGGAAUUGCUCCCGAAGCCCGAGCAGUAAAUCUCGGCGCGGGAAGAGUUUGAUUGAUGAGUAACCUCAGCGCGGCAGCAACAGCAGCAGCAGCAGCAUCAUCUCGAGGAGAAGAGAAGAAGAGGAGGAAGAUCGCUCCUCUUAAGGAUCGGGACGAGCUCAGGCAUCGGCGUCUCUGGCCACCUUUGGACGCGAGGCACGAGUUCGUCGCGAGACGAACAGGAGCGGAAGUGAGAGCGAGAGCGAGAGCGAGAGAGAGAGAGAGAGAGAGAGAGAGAGAGAGAGAGAGAGAAGAGUGCGUGCGUGUGCGUGCGCGUGUACGUUUGUGUGCGAGAGAGCGAGAAUGUGAACGUCGGAAUGUCAGAGUAAGAAAGCCAUUCUCAGCGACGAAUUCGGAAAGUGUGAAAGUACCGUACACAGCGUGAAUGAGAGGGAGAGAAAGAGAAAAAAUAAAAAGAGAGAAAGAGAGAGAGAGAGAGAGAGAGAGAGAGAGAUAGAGCGCGCGAAAGAGCGACCCCAUCGACCCCAUCGAUCUUUCCAUAUAGGAUAGGGUUGUCCGAUCUUCGACGGCGCACUACGAUCUCGGUAGCGCAUCUCCAGGAGCGCGGGACGAGAUCGCGUGUUCACCGGAUGCCGCGACACGGGGCGAACGACACCACGUAUCGAUCGUACCUUCGAUACGCCGGCGAUCGACGUUCCGACAGACGGAGAACACACGACGGUCCAUUCACGACGGGAUGCGGCAUUCUUGUGUUCGUCCUGGCGGACAUCGCGAUCUGUCCGCGGGGACGAACUCUGUCCCCCCCUCCCCCGUCGCCUCCCCAAUCGAUAUCUUUCAUCAUCCUUCUUAUAGACUCCCCAUUUCCCUCUGUGUCCCAUCCGAAAAAUGGCACACCCCCACUGCAACACCUGAUAAACUCAUCCCGAUAAACUAUAUAGUAAGUAGUAAGCUCGACUCUCUCUGUCUUCUUUUUAGAGAUACAUGUGUCAUUAUUAUUAUUAUUAUUAUUAUUAUUAUUACGAUUUAGUACCAGUACCACUAUUAUUAUUAAUAUUAUUAUUUGUAUUAUUGCUAUCAUCAUCGUUAUAAUAAUAAUUAUUAUUACUGUGAAUCUCCCGACGUGUUACUGCCACCAAUCUGAUCUAAAGAUCAUUCGUGUUCGUUCAUUGCGAGUUCCGAAUGUUCAUCGCAUUCAAAACUUAUUAAUAUAUAUAAAAUUAUAAAAUACAAAUUUUAUAUGACAAUA